AUGAAUCUUGGUGCAUUCUCAUGGGACAUUAUGAUGGCCAGGUGCCAUUCGUUGGGCAAUAAAUCUCCAACCAUGAAACUUUUAUGGGCUCCUACGCCAUAUUCUGUUAUAGCUUCGGCUGUUUCAUCUAAAUCCAAUGCAGUUGCAGACCCCUUGAUCUUAUCCCAACAUGCAUGCACCUGGAGAGACUUGCAAGGCUCCACCCACUGGGAGAACCUCCUGAAUCCCUUACACCCUCUUCUCCGUCAUGAGAUGCUCCGCUAUGCUGAGUUUGUCACCGCCUGUUACAAGGCUUUCGACCUCAACCCCACCUCCAAACGCCACUUGAAUUGCAAGUAUGGGAAGGCGAACAUGCUUGGACUGGUUGGCUUGGAGGAUUCCGGUUACCAAGUCACCAAGUACAUCUACGCCACGCCAGACAUAAACUUCCCCAUCCAAAAUAGGGUUCCUCGUGGCCGUUGGGUUGGAUACGUCGCAAUAUCAUCCGAUGAUGAAGCGGUCAAGAAGCUUGGAAGGAGGGAUUUGCUGAUAGCCUUUCGUGGAACCGUGACAAACUAUGAGUGGAUUGCAAACUUGAUGAGCUCGCUUACUCCAGCACGACUCGACCCGCAUAAUUUGCAGCCGGAAGUGAAGGUAGAGUCCGGGUUCCUCAGUAUGUACACAUCGAAAGAGAGAAGUGAUAAAUUCGGAUUGGGAAGUUGUCGCAAACAGCUCCUAUCCGAGGUAUCCCGACUUGUGAACAAGUACAAAGAGGAGGAGAUAAGCAUAACAUUGGCCGGUCACAGCAUGGGGAGUGCACUGGCUCUUCUUCUUGCAUAUGAUAUUGCCGAGCUUGGAAUUGCAGAUACAUGUGAUCAUCGAGAUAUACCACUGACGGUCUUCUCGUUCUUCGGAGGCCCUAGAGUUGGCAACUCGGGCUUCAAGAAACGUUGUGAAGAGUUGGGGGUCAAAGUGCUGAGGAUAGUGAAUGGCAAUGACCCGGUGACAAAACUACCUCGCAUCUUGUUGAAUGAGAAUUUCGGGCUUUUGGGCAAGUUAUUCGCUGAAUCUCCGUGGAGCUGCUCGUUUUAUUCUCAUGUGGGUGUUGAGUUAGCUCUUGAACAGAGCCCGCGCUCGUUCUUGGACUUGCAAAGCCCUUCCUGGGUUCAUGACAUGGAGACCUACAUCAGCUUGCUCCAGUAUCCUCACGCAACACAACAUAAGAGGAUUAAUUGA